GGAAUAUACACGAAUGCCCUAGGUUUUGCCCAAAUCUCUUCACUUCAGCAACACAGCAGCAAAGAGGCGAGCCAUCCAUUCCCUUCAAAGGCCUUCGGCGACGGCGACGGCGACGCAAGGAGAGUUCCGAUCAGCAAGCAUCUGGUUUUGUCCCUUCUUGCAUCACUUCGUCUUCCCUCCGGUGAGAAAGUGGUCAGAAUUUUUGGAUGCCCCUGCAUAUCAGCAAACAGCAAGCAACUGUAGGUUGUUGAAGCUCAAUCUUUGGGGGAAGCUUAAGAGGGAGGCGAAGACGCUGCAUCCCACAGGGAGACAUUGAUGACGAGAACAACAGGUUCGGGAAGUCCACCAUCAUCGUCUUCACCACCAUUGCGUCGAUCACGUUCAAGAUUCCAACAGUCAUCAUCAUCAUUGCAACGGCGGCAACGGCCAUGGUCUCCACGAUCUGCAUCAUCAUCACCAUCGGGUGGUCGACGAUCACGGUCUCGAUCAUGGUCCCCAGUAGCCUCCUCAUUUAGACCCCCAAUAGCACCAUUACCAAUAUCAUCAGAGGAAACAACUGCAGCAGUGGAAGAAACAAAGGUUCUGUACAUGUUCUUCAUAUAUCCAUGGGGUCCAAUUAAUUAUUGUCUGUACGCCAUCAAUAUGCCUAAUCUUGUUCUUCCUCUUCCUCCAUUGCAACCUUGCAAUCAGUUCAGAGAAUUGGAGAGGACUAUUUAUCCCAUCCUUGAAUUUCCAUUUGGAGAAUACCCAGGAUUUAUGUGUUGCGUUGAAUUAGACAUGAAGUUGUACUUUUUUGGGGGCUGUCAUGCCGAGAGACAGAGAUCAAAAGGGAAGGAUUGGGAUCUCAAUGACACUUACCCGCCGGAUGUCCAUGUUCUCGAUACCACCACCAUCUCCACCAACACUUUCGUUACCAGUAACUGUUCGUCUGAGUUGUUGAGGAAGGGUACUGCGAUGAUUUGUGGGAAGCCGAAUCCUUAUGCAUUUGUGGCUCACAAGAAGAUCUAUGCCAUUGCAACUAGCAUGCGGUUCAAUUACAAAUUGAUGAAUCUAUCACGAUUUGAAGUCUUUGAUUUGGACUCUAAUAAGUGGUCAAUCCUCCCUGACCCCCCUAUAAACAAGAAACUCACUGGUCAUGCUCUGGUUGACAGAAGGGUCUUCAUAUUAACCUUGGAAAAUGAAAUUUUCUCUUUCAACGUGGACACGUGUAUGGGUUCGGUUCUCAAAGCACUGUCGGGUCCUGCCUUAUUUUGACAGGAGUGCUGAGUUUGUAGGGAUACCCUCUAUUCCAUUUACAAUUACACCGUCGCUGCAUUUGGACC